AUGGCCUCAUCAACAAUUCUUUCAAGAAAAAUAAUUAAGCCUUCUUCCCCUAUUCCUUCUUCACUUAGACAUCACAAUCUCUCUUUUAGAGAUUACAUAGCUAAUCCUUCAUAUGUCCCAGUGGCCUCCUUCUACUCCAAACCUGAAAAUUAUAACAUGACACAAAUAUCAUACAUUCUUGAAAAUUCCCUUUCCAAAAUAUUGUCCUCUUAUUAUCCCUUCGCCGGACGAAUCAAGGAUAAUAAGUAUGUCGAUUGUAAUGACGACGACAUAGGCAUUGAGUAUUUAAAUGUUCGAGUCAAUUGUCCAAUGUCUGAAAUUCUCAACAAUCCAAACAAUGAUGCUAUUGAUAUAGUCUUUCCACAAGAUUUGCCUUGGAAUAAUUCCAUAUCGAGUGGAAGAAGCCUAUUGGUGGUCCAAUUGAGCCAUUUCGAUUGUGGUGGACUGGCAGUCAGUUUAUGUUUGUCACACAAGAUUGCAGAUGGGUACAGCCUCUCUAAGUUCCUUUUUGAUUGGGCUGAUAUAUCGCGAGAUGAGCACUCUGAUAUCAAACUAUCUCCUCAUUUUAACGCGGCUUCAUUCUUCCCACUAAUGGACAAUCCUCCAAAUAUACCUAAUAUUGUGCCUGAACCACAACGAUGUGUGUCAAGAAUGUACCAUAUCUCAUCCUCUAAUUUGACAAGACUCAAGGAUAUUGUCGCAACAAAUUCAGCAAUUGUACAGAAUCCAACUCGCGUUGAAGUUGCCACAGCACUUCUUCAUAAAUGUGGGGUGGCAGCUUCAAAGGCUAAUCCGGGCGUGUUCAAACCAACUAUGUUGAUCCACCUAAUGAAUUUACGCCCACCAAUUCCACUAAACACAAUAGGAAAUGCUACUUGUCACUAUGGAACAAUGGCAGUGUCAGAAGAUGACAUAAAUCUGACCAACUACGUGGCUCGGCUGCAAAAGGCUAAACAAAAACUUCAAGAUGAGCUGAAAGGUAUGAAUACAAAUCAGCUAGCUGCGGAUGCACUUAAAAGAAUCAAGCAGGGUGCAGACAUAAUAAAACGGGAUAUAUUUGAUGUUUAUUCUUGCACCAGCUUGUGCAAUAUAGAUUUACAUAAGCACGUUGAUUUUGGAUGGGGUAGGCCAGUAAGAUUGUCCGUAGCGCGAUAUUCAAUGAAGAACCACUUCCUUUUCAUGGAUGAACGAAGUGGAGAUGGGAUAAAUGUUGUAGUUACUCUGACAGAAGCCGAUAUGUCAAUAUUUCAGAAUAACGAAGAGCUCCUAGAGUUUGCUUCUCCAGUGGGUUCAGUCCCUCGAAUAAGCUGAAAGCGAAAAAUAUCUCACCAUGCCAUAUUGUGUGAUCUUCAUAUCCUAAGUGUUUGUUUUAUUGAAUUUCGAGAAUGGUGUGCACUUGUUCAAGUUGUCUUUUAAAUUGACACCAAGCCAUAAUGUGUGAUCUUCA